CUCGAAGUGUUCAAGCAGGUCCAAAUCAAUAUUCCAUUUUUGGACGCCAUUCAACAAGUGCCUUCUUAUGCGAAGUUCUUGAAGGAUUUGAUCACAGUUAAGAGAAGAACAAAUGUCCCGAAGAAAGCAUUUUUGACCGAGCAAGUUAGCUCUAUCCUUCAAUGCAAGUUGCCCAUUAAGUAUAAGGACCCUGGGUGUCCUACCAUCUCUUGCACGAUAGGAGUCAGUCGAAUUAAGAAGGCUCUUUUAGAUCUUGGGGCGAGUGUGAAUCUCUUACCCUAUUCAGUUUACCUACAAUUAGGGUUAGGAGAACUGAAGCCCACGUCCAUGACACUUCAGUUGGCUGACAGGUCAGUUAAGAUACCACGGGGAGUUAUUGAGGAUGUCUUGAUCAAGGUGGAUAAGUUUUACUUUCCCGUGGACUUCAUUGUGCUAGACACAGAACCGGUCAAGAAUGUUGGAAUUCAAAUACCGGUGAUUCUAGGGCGACCAUUCUUAGCUACGGCAAACGCCCUGAUUAAUUGUAGGACAGGGGUGAUGAAGAUUUCCUUCGGAAAUAUGACAGUGGAGCUGAAUGUCUUUGAUAUCAGCAAACAACCGUUGGAGUAUGAUGAAGUGAGAAAUGUAUGCUUGAUUGAGGAGAUUAUGGAGGAGACAAUGAAUGAAUCAAGCAUAGAAGACCCCUUGGAGGCAUGCUUUGCUCAGUUCGAAGAGGAUUUGGAUUUGGACAAGUUGUUUGAGCAAGCAGAUGCAAUUUUGGAGACUGCUCCUCUGGUGAGCAGUGAGAAGGAGGAGACAACAACACUUGAUCCCCCAAAGAAGGAACUUAAGCCUCUACCGGAUAACCUUAAGUAUAAGUUCCUAGGUCCAACAGAUUCUUUGCCUGUGAUUAUAGCUUCGGAUUUGGUUGAUGCUCAAAAGGAGGGCCAACUACCUCAGCAGUGGGGGCGACAAGAUAGGUCCAGAUUUUUGUCCAUGGUGAAACAUUUUUUCUGGGACGAUCCUUACCUGUUCAAGUAUUGUCCCGAUCAGAUCAUUAGGAGGUGUAUACCUGAUGACGCACUGUGGGCAUAUAGGACAGCUUUCAAGACCCCGAUUGGGAUGUCACCCUAUCGGCUUGUGUAUGGGAAGGCAUGUCAUCUUCCCGUAGAGUUGGAGCAUAGAGCAUAUUGGGCC